AUGGCUAAGAGACCCUGCGAAGCAGCAGACUCCGAUCGCGGCCGGCCUCGGGCCUGGGCGAAGCAGGCAGUGUUUACACCUGUCACGAGGGAGGGGGAGGGAGAAGGAGGAAGCCGGAGCAAAGCCCCAAACUUCUCCACAAGCUCCCGGGAGGGAGCGGCCGGCGCAGACCUCUGGGCAGGUGGAAGUGGAGGGGCAGGGCGAGCCGCCGGCAGCCGGGGACGUGGGAAGGGCUCUCACUUUCCUGGACGAUGCCCGGGAUGGCGAGGAGGGGGCCGUGCGCUUCCGCGCCGCCGCCGGCGUCCCCGCACCCGCCGCGGAAAAGGACAGAGCCCGAGCCCGGAGCCCGCAGGCCCGCAGAGCCGGCACCGUCCCCGCAGCCCCCGGCUCCGCGACAGGCAGGUGCCCCCGGGCCGGGCGAGGGUCCAGCCGGCGGGCUGGGCCGGCUUCCCCAUCCUUUUUCCCCCGCGCAAUGGGGGAGCGGAGCGGUGGCGCUUACCUGGCUCGUCCGGGGCGGCUGCGAUGGGCAUGGCUCAGGGGCCCGGGGAGGAACUAGCUCCCCGGGGAAGGACCGGCUAUUCCGACGCGGAGCUGGUGAAAGCGGAAGGCAGGCUGCUCACAGCCCUGUCAUCGAAGCAGCGCCAUGGACGCCCACCCGGAGUUUCAGCGCUGCCGCGAGACCCCCAUCCCAUUACCCUCCGCCCUCUUCCGCCGCCGCCGCCGCCUCCACCUCCUCCUCCGCGGAGACCCCCCGCCCACUCCACACACUCUCCCAUCAUGCAGCGGGGGAACCGCUGCCGCCGACACGUCACUUCCGGGCGCAGGUGGCUAGGUCGGGGCCGGGCGCUGCUGACAGAAAAGGAAGCUGAUGUAUAACAAAGAAGAGGUAAAUCAAAAUGAGAAGCAAGAGGAAAAGCAGCCGCCGAACUGACAAAUCGUCUUUGAGACCAACAAAAACAAAAUUGGAGGAUUUUGCUAACGGAUAGAGACGGUGGUCGUUUUUCAUAGAUGCUGCGAGAGACUAUUCGAUGAAACUAUAAAGAAAUCAAUCAACUCCCGCAUUUAACAGAGGUAACUGCAGAAGCCUAUUUUAUUCACUUAAGGACAACAAUUCAGAAAUCUAUAUAGAAGUUGAGUCAUUAAGUCACUCUUUGGUCAGCAACCACCCAACUUGUAAUUUGUAAUCUUACACAUAAUUCUGAAGACAGCAUUCCAAUGCUUAUGAAAUGGUACUACAAAAAGAAAGCAUCUCUGAAAGUUUUUAAGAUGAUGAAUCUGGGGGAAAAUACUUAUUAAAAUUCAUUGCAUUUGGA